UUUCAGACUCGAUCUCCUUUCCUUUCUUAAUUUCUAUUUUCUUAUAUUAUUAUUGUUAUUAACCGCCUCUCCAUUAAUCUCUCUUCCCGUGCCGCUUUCAGAAUUUUAUUUCAUUUCCGCCACUUCAUUUCACACACUACGCUCCUCCUUUGCUUUUCCUAGUUAAAUUAGUUGUAUAACCAUGGCGAGGAAGAUGCUUAAUGAUGGGGAACUCAACAAGGCUAAUGAAGGAGAUACUCACUAUGACUUUGAUUUGUUUGUUAUUGGAGCUGGAAGCGGCGGCGUUCGCGCUGCUCGAUUUUCCGCUAAUUUUGGAGCUAAGGUUGGAAUUUGCGAGCUUCCUUUUCAUCCAAUCAGCUCAGAAGUAGUUGGGGGAGUUGGUGGAACGUGUGUAAUUCGUGGUUGUGUUCCCAAAAAGAUUUUGGUUUAUGGAGCUUCUUUUGGAGGCGAAAUUGAGGAUGCUAGGAAUUAUGGAUGGGAGGUGAACGAAAAAGUUGACUUCAACUGGAAAAAACUUCUGCAGAAGAAGACAGAUGAAAUAACAAGAUUAAAUGGGAUUUACAAGCGAAUGUUGUCAAAUUCUGGAGUUAAAUUAUUUGAAGGAGAGGGAAAGAUUGUUGGUCCUAAUGAAGUUGAGGUUACACAAUUAGAUGGUACUAAGUUGUCCUAUACAGCAAAACACAUAUUGAUUGCAACUGGAAGUAGGGCUCAGCGUCUUUCAAUUCCGGGGCAGGAGCUGGCUAUAACCUCUGAUGAGGCUUUGAGCGUGGAAGAAUUGCCCAAGCGUGCUGUGAUCCUCGGGGGAGGGUACAUUGCUGUUGAGUUUGCUUCCAUAUGGCGUGGUAUGGGUUCUACGGUGGAUCUAUUAUUCAGAAAGGAACUCCCAUUAAGAGGCUUUGAUGAUGAAAUGCGAUCAGUGGUUGAUAGAAAUCUGAAAGGUAGAGGAAUUAAUGUGCACCCAAAGACAACUAUAAAGGAGUUGAUUAAAACAGAGGCUGGAAUAAAAGUUAUUACUGAUCAUGGUGAAGAACUGAUGGCAGAUGUUGUACUCUUUGCCACUGGUAGGAUACCCAAUUCAAAAAGGUUGAAUUUAAAAGCUGUAGGCGUUGAAGUUGAUGGCACAGGAGCUGUGAAGGUAGAUGAGUAUUCACGCACUAAUGUGCCUAGUAUUUGGGCUGUUGGUGAUGUAACAAAUCGAAUGAAUCUUACCCCUGUGGCCUUGAUGGAAGGAACAUGCUUUGCAAAAACUGUUUUUGGCGGGGAAUCCUACAAACCAGACUACACCAACGUACCGUGUGCUGUAUUCUGCAUACCUCCUUUAUCUGUAGUUGGUCUCAGUGAGGAACAGGCCAUAGAGCAAGCAAAGGGUGACAUUUUGGUUUUCACGUCAAGCUUCAAUCCAAUGAGGAACACUAUCUCUGGACGGCAAGAGAAGACAGUAAUGAAGCUAAUUGUGGAUGGUGAGACGGAUAAAGUUCUGGGAGCUUCCAUGUGUGGGCCAGAUGCAGCAGAGAUAAUGCAGGGUAUUGCUGUUGCACUGAAAUGUGGAGCAACCAAGGCACAGCUUGACAGCACGGUGGGUAUUCACCCAUCUUCUGCUGAGGAAUUUGUGACAAUGCGAUCUGUCACAAGGCGUGUUGCUGCAGGAAGCAAAGUAAAGACAAAUCUGUAGGCGGAGCAGGUGAGAAGCAUGUUGGAGUUAAAAAGAAUUAUCGUAGUAUCUAGUUGGAAGCUACAUAUUGGUUGGAGAUGGGUAUUUGCAUUAUCACAGGAAGAAAAAAAGGUGAUUAUACAAUCGGACAAAUUUGUGUUAAAUAAAAAGGUCCAUCCAUGUUUGAACAUUUGAACAGUUUGCUUGUGAUGGUGUGAGAACAGGAUGUAAUUUAUUUUAGAUUACCAUAUUAGUUUAUUUGUAUACCGACUUGCUUGCUAUGACAAAAUAAUCUUAGAAAAACUUUGUUCCUA